AUGGUUCCAUUUAAUAUAAAUGAUUUCAUAUCUGAACCUUCUCUUGAUUUAUUGGUGAAUACUACUCUUAAAAAAGACGAUUGGAAGGCACUUGCUGGUCAUUAUACAAUUGAAAUUAGAGCUUGCAUGACAAAAGCAGUGAUUAAAAACCCCGAGGAAUUUUUCUUACAAUUUGAGAAGAUUGCAGAAAGCUUAGACUGGCCUGAAGAAAACUGGGCUGUGAUGAUCCAAACGGCUUUUACUGGACAAGCUAAGAGAGUGUUCACUAAUUUACCAAAAGAGAUAUGUAAAGAUUAUGAUGCUGUGAAAGAUAUAAUUCUUCAAGCUUAUGAUUUAGUCCCAGAAGCUUACAGACAGAAGUUUCGAAAUCUACGAAAAUUGGAGUCACAGACUUACGUAGAAUAUGCUGCUGAGAAAGAGAGGCUGUUACAACGCUGGUUGAGAUCUAGAAAUGUUCAGGCAUUCACUGAUUUAAAGAUAGACGCAAAACUCAAGAGUUAUCUUUGUGCUGGAAGGAAGUCAGGAGGUAGUGAAGAGUCAGGUGAUCAGGGUGCUAGGCCUAGUAAAAUUGUUAAAUCUGCUCAGUGGAAAAAUAAAAUAGGAGUAGACAAGAUUGAUUCUUUAGUAACUUGUUUCUAUUGCAAACAACGUGGCCAUGUAAUUGAUGUGUGCCCUAAAUUAGCUGCUAAAAAUGUCGCUAAGGGAGUGAUUUCGCUUACUGUUGAUUUAGUGGAAGAGACUGAUGUUAAUACCUCCAGUGAUGUUAAGUCUGAUAUUUUUGAGACGUUUAUUUUCACGGGAUCGGUUGCAAGUGACAUGUCCUCAGAUAAGAGUUACCCUGUUCGGAUUUUGAGGGAUACCGCUUCUUCCCAGAGUGUAUUAGUUAAGGCUUCUAUGCCUUUCGUGGAGAAUUCAUACACUGGGGAAUUCGUAGUCUUUCGGGGUUUUGGAGGGACAGUCACGCUCCCGUUAGCACGGAUAUUUUUGCGAUCAGACUUGGUUGAUAGAUAUAUCACAAUUGGAGUUCACGACUAUCCUCUACCUGUGAGCGGAGCAACUUUGUUAAUAGGGAAUGACGUAGCUGGUGGAUGCGUUGUACCUGACCCGACAGAAUCCCCACAGAAUCCCUCGAGAAUGAAUAUCCGUAUCUCUUUCCCUCGUGUGCAGUGA